AACGAAAUUAUAUCACAAACAAGAUGCCAAAGGUUCAAGAUUAUACAAUCGCUUUCUUUGAGAAAAAAAUGACAAAAUCAUAUAUUGAAAGCCUAUAUAACUCCCCAUAUUCAUCCCAUUCAUUCCAUCACAAACAAACUUCCAUCACAAAUGAAAUUUUAUCACAAACAAGAUGCCAAAGGUUCAAGAUUAUACAAUCGCUUUCUUUGAGAAAAAAUUGACAAAAUCAUAUAUUGAAAACGAUAAUUUCAUACUUCCUACUAAUAUUUUGGAUAAUCUUCAAAAAUAUGACAAAGAAGUAGUUGUUAUAUUUGACAAUGGCACAUUCUUUAUGAAAUACAAAAUUGGUGGAAAAGUGCGCCUCAAUAGAGGAUGGAAAGACUUUGUCGAUGCUAAAGGGUUGAAGGAAGGAAAUGAGUUGCUUUUUCAAGUCUAUGAUGUUGAGGAUCGCCUAACCUUCAUUGUUCAUAUGAAGGAGGAGAUCAUAGACAUAGAUUAGGUCUACUUGUGCCUUUUUCUAUUUAAGAAAUUGAUGUACGGUUUGGUUUGGUUUGCCUAAUAUAUUAAAGGUGUUUUAGUAGUUAAA